AUGGAGCAAGACCAAGAACUUCUAAUUCAGCUCGUGAGCGCCCUUCGAGGUAGCAAUGAACGCCAUGUCUCUCACCUUGUGAAUAUGAUUCGGAGUCAUGCUUCAUUGCAAGAAAUCCGCGAGUAUAUAACGGACCAUCUGAAACUAGGUACAAUCGAGGACACAACUGAGAUGACGGAGUUUCGGCGUCAAAUUCACUUUCUCCUUGACGUAGAAGGGCCAGCCUUUGAGUCACGGAAGGCACAGCAGGUCGCUCACCCUCGUUCUUUCAACGUUCCCGCUAAGCCGUGGACGGUGAUCCAGUGCAACAAUGCGUUUGUUUCAGAGCUCGUUUCGCUGUGGUUUACUUGGAAUCAUUCCAUGUUUCCGUGUAUUGACCGCAGCCUCUUCCUGCGAGACAUGCGGGCAGGGAAUGUGGUGUGUCAGUACUGCUCACCCUUCUUGGUGAACGCCAUAUUAGCUGACGCUUGCGCACUACUGGAUGAUUCUCACUCCGAAAACGGAAGUUACAUGAACGACAGCUCUCAUUCCCUGGCUAAAUGGUUUUAUCAGCAAGCACAGAGGCUCCAUGAGGAGGAGGGGCGACUCAGCUUGACCACCAUUCAGGGAUUAGCCGUUCUAUGGAGAUGCACGUGUACGUUCGGUAACAACCACCUAGCUCGAGUGUAUGAGGGUCGAAUAGUGGACGCGUUACGCAACUUCUCCACUUCUAAGACAUCUGCUUCGCCAAAACCCAGCGGGAAUGAGCAGCAGUACGACAAUGUUUGUAGCAUAGCAAUUUGGGGGUUCAUUGCAACGUCUAGGGAGAAUCUGAUCACCUACCGGCGCGGGCCACUGAUUGGGGUUCCGCAAUGUGCGCGUCCGCUGGUGUUCCAUGUUGAGGGUCUCGCGGGUGAGCAGUGGGCUCCAUAUCCGAACUCCCAGCCAGCUACUACCAGCCAUGAAUCGUGCUUGAUCAACAGUCUCUGCAGCUUGACUCUGAUCGUCAAUGACAUAUGUCUAUUGCUCUCCCAGAGCUGGAAGUAUCUCUCGCCCGAGGCUGUAGAUCAAAGUGUCGAAGCCUCGUUCAAGCGCCUUGAAGAUUGGAAGGCCCAUGUACCGUCGUGCAUGCGGCUGAGUGAUACAGAAAGGUCUUCCCCGCAGGUCCUCGGCACCCAUUACCCCUCAAAUGCAAGAGCCCGAGCCAUGCGCCUUCACGCGGCGCACGAAGUAGCUCGACUAGUUGAACUUCGUCGACGACUAUGGGGUUUGGACCGUAUUUCUGCGCCCCUCAGCCAGUGGAUAACGAUCUCGCUGCUCACUUUGCUGGAGGACCUGUCUACGUCAGAGAGCAAAGAGGCGUUUGUCAGCCUUUGUGUUGCACUGCGUGUAUCAGCCCGGCGAUCGGAGCAUUCGAAGGGUCUCCUCCGACUUACGCAGCAUCUCGCACUUCAGUCAUGUUUGACUUUACCCUCGGAAACCAUUCCACUGUACAGGGACUUUCAGGAUUUGAAAUGGAGCCCAGAGGAUGAUGAAAAAUUCGGUGCGCUGGCUCAGAGGUUUUGGAUGUGA